AUGAGUGCUGUACCUGUAAGUAGUAGUCCUGCUCUUUGCUUCUUGUCACAACCGGAUUUUGAUCCAUUCAACACGACAAAUCUUCCAGAUUCACUCAACACGAUUAGAACCGUCCUUUCUGUUGUCAAUGGUGUAGCGUCUCCUCUAACAGUCGUUAUAAAUGCGCUGAUUUCUUGGUCAGUUCUUGGAGAUGAAGAUCUUAGAUCCUCUUCUUUUAAUAUUUUACUGGUAGCCUUAGCAGUGACUGAUUUUCUAGUGGGUUUGUUGGUUCAACCCAUCUUUUCUUAUCAACAGAGUUGUCUUGUAAACAAUUGUUAUUCGUCUUGUACCUAUACGCUUUAUAUUAUGUCAGUCUUGACCUUCGGUGGUCUGUCAGUUGCCACGUUAUCAAUACUGAGCUYGGAAAGAUACCUUGCUAUCGAACAUCCCAAUUUUUACCGUAAGAUGGUUACAGCAAAAAAAGUCUUAUUAGGAACAAUGAUUUAUUGGGCAGUAGUUCUAGGAAUUUUGAUGUGUGCCAUAGUUAUUGGAAUAAAUAACAAGAGCAAACUAAGAUUAGCUCCACCCAUGGUAUUUCUAKKUCUUAGCACUCUAGUUAUUUUGUACUGUUCAAUCAAAGUACAAGUGACAGCUUACCGCCAGCGUAGAACCAUCGCCCUACAGCAAGAAUCAGCUCAGCAGCCCGACGAACAGCAACGACAACAAGAACGACUCAAAGAAUACAAGCGAGUGUUCAUGAUGAACAUACUAGUUAUCGUGUCGAUUCUCUUUUACGUUCCUUUCAUUAUAGUCGCAGUGAUACAAGCCGUCGMAGGUGAAGAUGUCAUGAGARAUUUAAGAUACAUCGCCAUUCCUAUCUGUCUGACAUUACUUCAUCUCCAGUCUCUUAUCAACCCAAUCCUCGUCUCACUGCGUCUAUCUUACAUUCGUACAAGCAUCAAAAACAAACUAGUAAGUUGCUUUAAUUCCUACUGA